GUCUUUCACUGAUUCAUAUUGAAAUAAAUUAAUUUAGGUUCAUGUGAAGGGAAAGAGAUGGAAGCAAUAUCUAUUGGAUCUGAUCCUCGUUUUUAUUUUCAAGUGGGAAAGAUAAAAAUCAGUGAGGGAAUGAAGUGUUUGCAAGAUUUAGUUUAUUGGUGUAAGGAUCACUUGAGCUCUGAAAAUGAUGGAAUCCUUCAUGAAGCCAUGACUUACUUUCAAUCUCUUCAACGACAAAUACAAAAAAUUGAAUUUGGAGCACAACAAGGAAGAGCGCCCGAAUCUUUCGAUCUAAAGCGUGGACAGGUUCUUUACUGCUACUCUUCAUUUAUGUUCUCUCUUAAUUAUACAUAUAAUAAUAAUGUUUUAGUGAAAAUGUUUUUAAAUAAUUAUAUAAUUUAGUAUUAUAUCUAUUGCCUCAAUUUAACAAAAACAAAAAUUGACUUGGUCAGGUUAAAUAAAAUAAAUAAAUAAUAUUUAGUAAUUUUUAUUUUAUUGUUUAUUAGGUGUAGAUUUGUUUGUAUUGUAACAGGGAAUCACUCAAGUAAGAGAACAAAAUGUCAACUUUGAGCCGACUUUAAAUCAAGAGAUUGAUAUGGUGAAGAAUAAAAAAGGGAACAAAUCAUCAUGUUCUAAGCAAAAAACAUGGUCAGAUGUUUGGAACCACUUCACAAAGUAUGAAAACAAAGAUAAAAUGAUUAGAGCUUUAUGUCAACACUGUAAGAAAGAUUUUAAUGGAUUAAGCAACAAAAGAAUAACACAUCUCAGAAAUCAUAUAAGAAGUUGUUUGAAAAAUCUAAAUAGAGUAGCUAAUAAAGCGAAAGAGAUAGUUGUGGUUGAUCAAGAGUUGAAUGAUUCUAAUUCAAUGCAAAAGAUGAUUAAGGAUUGGUUUAACAAAAUAAAAGAUGAUACACUUGAGAUUUAUAAAAAAGGGAAAAAUAAGUUGUAUAGAUAUUUAGAUGUACUUCCGCGUCAUUUUAAUGUAUCAAUUAGAAGGUUGCUGCUUGAUGUUCCUGUUUGGUAUGUGAUGAUUUGGUUUAUUGAUAAUAAUUGGCAAUUGGAAAAUUGGAUUAUUCAUUUAGAAGAGGAUAAUUUUACUAUUGAGAGACGCAUUAAUGAACAUCUCCUGAUGGGGUUGCUCCAAGAUUGGAACAUAGACAAAAGAAUUUUGUCUAUAGUUGAUCAGUGUCAUUGUCUGUCAAAUGAUACGAAGCUUCAGCUUACCAAUUCGCUUAAUGAAAGAGUUUCACACCGUUUCAUGGGGACCUUUGAUGCAUUUAUUUUCUCAAGUAACUAUUUUUUUGAAGUAGGAAGUGUGUUGUGGGAAAGUGAUAUUAUGGUCAAAGUGGGGAAACUUAGAGGCUACUACAUGACAUCAUCAAACAAAUAUAAGUUUGAAUUUGUGGUAAACAAAGUUGAGUCCAUGGGUAAAAAGGUAACUUCAAAAAAUUUUGCCGAUUAUGUUCCUAGGAAAUUCGAUCUGGUUGAUUGGGCAAUGAGAUAUAAAGAAGUAUUUUGUGAAUUGGAACAUAUAGAUCCUGAUUUCAAAUCUAUCAAUUUUGAUUGGGAGGAUGCAGCUUUCCUGCACAACAUUUGCACACUGUUAAGAGAUGUGGAAUAUGAUUUUUUGAAACUGAAAUGUUCUGAAAUUAAAUUGGUAAAUGAGUAUUUCCCUAUGGUUUAUAAAUCAUUUUUAAAAAUGCUUCAAUUAAAGAAUACUGAAUAUCAGUACUUCUACCUUGUUGCAUUACUUUGGAGAGAAAUUUUUGAUCAAUAUAGCAACAACUUCAAGUUGGUAAUAGUAAUCACAGUGAUUCUGGAUCCAAGAUUUAAACAGGAUGAUGUACAACAUUUCUACAAAGAAAUUUAUGAUGAUGAGGCAGACUUGCACUUCAAUCAAAUCAUAGGUGAUGUUACAAAUAUUUACAAUGAAUAUGCAAAGGAUCUCAACAAUUCUCCACAGCAUUCAGAUGAGGUCGCUUCUUCAAAAUCAGAAUUCCUCCGUUAUCUGACGGAUUUCAAGGUUCCUCCAUGUGAAGAGUUUGAUAUACUGGAGUGGUGGCGUCUUAAUUCUCCAACUUAUCCGAUACUGGCUAUGAUGGCUCGUGAUUUCUUAUCUAUUCCUUUAAUUUAUAGUGAAGAUAUUUUUUAUCCUUGGGAGGCUGAAGAUACUAAUAUUUUUAGCGUUCCUUGUUUGGAUGCAGACUUAAAAUGUGCUUUGAGAUGUACAAAAGCUUGGUUGAAUACGUUUGAAAGUCUGUAAUGAAGUUGUUUAAAUAAAAAUAUAUGAGUAGUGUAAUACGUAUACAUUUCUGAUACGUAAUUUAAAUA